AUGAUGAGUGUUGAAGGUUUUAAGAGAGAGGUCCAUUUUCUUCUCCAAUUGAAAACGCCACGCCCUUCUAGAAACUGCAUUUUCAUCUUCCGGAGGGUUUCAUGUUAUUGCACCUACCAAUUAAGUUUCGAACCAACUACUAGAAUCAGUGUUUCUUUCCGCAAUAUUCGUCAAGUCGAACAACCAUUGUUUGAGGAUCGCUCAAUAGGAGAAAUGUCCAGCAAAAAACCAUCAUCGCCCUAUGUUGUCUUUGAAAAUCGUUCCCUUGAUCAAUGGAAAGUAACUGAGCUGAAAGAAGAACUCAAGAAACGUAAACUAGUUACCAGAGGAUUGAAAGAUGAUCUGGUAAAGAGAUUGGAUGAAGCUAUUCGUGCUGAACUUGAAGAGGAUAACCAAAACCAUGAAAAUGGUGUCAAUGAUGAUGAACAGCCUGAAAUUCCAUCUGAUGAUGCAGUAGUAGACCCAAUCGUUGCAGACAAAACUAUGGAUGACAACAUUGCCAAAAACGAGAGCAUAAAGGAAGAUAAUGUUACAGAGAAGGUUGAUAAAAAUGAGAGCUUAGACCAAGAUCACAUCACUGAGAAGUUGGAUAAAGAUGAGAGCUUAGAUAAAGAUAAGGUUACAGAGAAUUUGGAUGAUGAAAACAGAGAUAAAGAUAAGGAAUCAAAUUCAAAGCCAUUGCCAAAGGAAGAAGAAGCGGAGCCAAAUUCAUCUGAAAUUGGAAGCCAGGUAGUCGAGGUCAGCCAAGUAAAAUCUGAUUCUAUUUCUAUUGUGUCAAUUACUGAAAAGAAUGAACUAAAGGAUAAUGUAAUUACUGAUGAUGUCAAACUAGAACUUGAUGUUAAGCCAUCAAUCCUUGAUGAUGGUGGCAAAACAGAUCCAGUUGUGGUUGAUGAGAAAGAUUUCAAGAUUGCUGAAACUGAAAGUAAGAAAAAUGAUAUUUUAGAUGUGGGUUCUCCAGAGAAGUUAAAUUUAGAUGAUGAUUCCAUGGAAGAAGAUGCUUUAGAAAGUAAGCAAAGUGAUUCAAACUUCACUUCUCAAGAUAUAAUUGAAAAAACACAAAUACCUCUUGUUGAUGUUAUGGUUGAAGAUACAAAUACUGAAAUUGCUGAUGUGUCCACAAAAAGAAAACAAUAUGACCAAGAAGCAGUGGCAAACAAUGAGGUAGUAAAGAGGCAGCGCAGGUGGAAUUCCAAUAAUGCCCUUGAACAGAUUACUACACCUAAGGGUAGUUCAAUAAUGAAGCACAGCUUUUCAAGAUCUGAUUCUUCAGUUAGUCAUGAAGAGCCGAAAGAACGUGUUGUUCCUCCAUCAUCAAAGCCUGCAACUACUUCUCUCAGAGUUGACCAUUUUCUGCGUCCGUUUACUUUAAAGGCUGUUCAAGAACUUCUUGGUAAAACUGGGACAGUUGUCAGCUUCUGGAUGGAUCAUAUUAAAACUCACUGUUAUGUUACUUAUUCAUCUGUUGAAGAAGCUGUAGAGACUCGAAAUGCAGUAUACAAUCUCCAAUGGCCAGCAAACGGAGGGCGGCUUCUCAUGGCGGAAUUUGUCGAUCCAUCCGAAGUCAAAACCCGAACCGACCCUCCUCCACCACCAACUCCGGUCACCACCACCACGACAACCCCACUCGCGCUUCCACCUCCACCGCCACUCUCCCUUCCACCACAAUCAAGAGAACCACCACAGCAUCAUCUCCCUCCAGCACCACCGCUCCCGGAAAAGCUGGAACCUCCGAUCAUGACAUUGGAUGAUUUGUUCAGAAAGACUCGAGCAACUCCCCGGAUUUACUACUUGCCAUUAUCCGAUGAGCAGGUCGCCGGAAAACUGAAAACUCAGGGGAAGACUGUUGUUAAGCAGUAGGGAUUAGAGUAUGAAUGUGUAAAAGAUAAUGGUGAUCAAGUAUUAUCAUGUCAUUUGAUUUGGUAUGAUGGUGCUGAGUUGACUCAGAUUAGAUGUUGGGGGACUCUGUUCAUUUGUUUAAGACGAAAAUGCAUGGACUAAUAUUUGUGCUCUU